AUGCCGACCAUCUUCCUACCGACUAUAUGGACAUCUAACACGCCAUUAGGCGAGAUAGACAUAAUGGGCCACAAAACCAAUUCCACAUACGCCACGGACUUCGAUGUCGCUCGAAACUAUCACAUGUGCUCGCUCUUUCGGGUUGGAAUGAAGAGCUGGGGCGAUUUGUCCUUCGUCAACCCCCAACCCAAUGAUACUUAUGGCACUGGGGCAUUGUUUCCGGCACUAGCUGGAUUGAAUAUUACAUUCCACAGAGCCAUUCGCCCUCGGCAGAAGUAUGAGAUAUCCACUCGUGUUCUCUCGUGGGAUGAUAAAUGGAUACAUCUCAUUUCACACUUCGUGGAAAGGGGAAGCUGCAAGCCUGUUCAUUUUACUGAUCAACGGAAUCCCCAGCGUGAUCCUGAAAUGAACAUCGGCGAUUUGGCACAUGUUACCUGCGACUAUCGGGGUCCACCCUCACGAUCUGUCGUGUUCGCCACUGCGAUGGCGAAAAUUGUCUUUAAAAAGGGUCGCAAGACAGUUCCUCCUGCUCAAUUUCUAGUUGAUUGUGGUCUUCUUCCUCGUCAAGAAAUUGUUGUUCCACACGGGUCCACCCAGAAGCCUUGUGAGGAAGAAAAGUUCGAUGACAACAAUAUGAUCAAGAUCGGAGAGAACAUCGAAGAAAUAAGGGCUACAGGCUACCAAAUGGCAGAGCGGCUCAAUGCUCUAGCUGAAGGAUGUUCGUUUUAUAACAUGAGUGAGAAGGUCUUCUUUUCCAAGUGCUGA